AUGUUCAUAUCUGAUAGAUUCACUGCUUUUAAUUUUUUUCUUCCAGGUGUGUCCAGCCACCUUCCUCUCACUGGGACCAGUUCUGUCUCACCAGCCUCCGUUUCUAUCCCUCCUCCAUUUGUUCAUCCUCUUCCUCCCUUCAGUAGCUCUUUAGCUGCUCCCAGUCCCUCCCAGUUGACUGCCUCUUCUAAAACAUUCCACACUGGUCCCAGUUUCCCAUCGGUGGAUUCCCCAUCUUUGCCUCAUCUGGCCUCCUCUGUUGGUCCACCCUUAGCAGCUGCUAUGACGGCCACCUCUGGACAGCCACCAAUGACAGGCUUCUCCAGGAGUGCAGGACAUGACAUCACACGUGGUCACGCUGGACGGACGCCUCAGACACCUCUGAUGCCUACGUUCUCUAACGCCUCUCCGGUGCCAGGUUUGAGCCGCACAUCGUUCUCUGGUUCAAUGGCUGGGGCUCAGGAACGGAUUGACAGCUUGCGUCGGACCGGAGUCGUCCACGAGAAGCAGCCUGUUGUUGCCUUGGAAAGCUUCAUAGCUGAACUCUUUCCAGAGAAGUAUGGAAUCACCCAACAGCCCAAACGAUAGUCGCAGCACAGAGGAGGACUAACCAAGUUCCAUUUGCUUUUUUGUGUCCUUUUUUUAACCAAUGUUGAAUUUACCAACCGACCAACAGCAUGUAGAUGUUUCCCUUCAGGUCUGAUGAAAGCUUGCUUCUCGUGUCCAAAACUUAAAACCAGUUUCUGCUACAUAAGGUCUGGAAGCAGAGAACCAGAACCUAGUCUGGACAGAAACCAGUGCAGUGAGAGGCGGCCAUAAGCCUCACCUGGCAGAAUCAUUCAUGUCUUUAAUGCUUUGAUUCAUGCCGGUUAAACAUGUUGCUCUGCAUUCAGAAUAUUCUCUCUCCUCUCCUCACCUCAGUCAGCUUCCUCCUCCUGCUGUUUGAGUUAAAUUGAGCUGCAAUCAGCUUUUAGGGAUUAAUCAAUUGUGUCACACUUAGUAAUUAUUCAUAUUUAAUUAUCUUUGUCCUAAUGUUCUAAUGAUAAGAUAUACUGCAUCAUCAGGCUAAAUCAAUUGCACUGCUAAUUGAAUUCUAGCAGCUGCUAUUUAGUAGAUCAGCUUUUUGUUUCUGUUGUCCUUUGAGUCGAUCAGGAGGAAUUAGUUUCAUAUUUAAAGAGCAACGCUGCAUGAUUUUAAUUUAUUUUAGAGCAGCUUCCCCGGCUUAAUGUUUAAAAAGGAGCAACGCCUUAAUCUUUGUGAAACUAAAACAUUGAUGAAAACAUCAGUGGAACGAAAAUGAUCAAAUUCCAGUCGGAUCCAAACUAUUUCUGAAAUGUUCCUCCUUCUGAUCGAAUGGAAAAGGAAAACCUUUCAUGAAGAGGGUCAAACAUGAAACUAUCCACCUCUAGACAAUAUACCCAACAAGUAGGCUGUUUUUAAUAAUAUCACUGAUGUUAAAACAAAAGCUGCACAGCAGACAUGGUGGAUUCCACUACAAAUCCAGUAUAUCCACAAACUA